AUGUGGACUCAGACUGACAGUACCAGUGAUAAUGAAAGUGAUAUUGUGGCUGAAGACAUUGAUCUUGAUUCACAAGUGCCAAGACCAGUGACAUCUAAUGUUGUUUCUGAAAGUGAAAGUGAUAAUCGUUCUGAGAAUGACAGUGAUUACAGUUUCACUUCUGAAGAUAACAUGCCACUAGUAAGACAGUUCAUUGAUGAUGGAUACAUGCAAAUUUUGGUUACCGAGACCUACAAAUAUGCAACACAAACAAACGUCCCGGUGUGGAAGCCAACAACAAUUGAUGAGAUGUACGUAUCUGUUGCUGUAAUAUUAUUACAAAGCAUUGUGAAUAAACCCACAUAUCAGAUGUACUGGACAAAAAGAGCUAAAUUAGCCACAUCAAUUUUUAGAGAGGUUCUACCAUUCAAGAGGUUUGUCAAUUUGAAGAAGAACUUACAUUUUUCGGACAAUGCAACCAAUAACGCUGAAAGCCAUCCACAACCCAAACUGAAUAAAGUAUGGCCUAUUGAGAGCUACCUGUCGGCUAAAUUUAGAAACAGCUGUGUUCCAGAAAGAGAUGUCACCAUAGAUGAAAGCCUGCUGUUAUAUAAAGGGCAACAGGGAUGGAUCCAGUAUUUGCUGCUCAAGAGAGCUAGGUUUGGCAUAAAAACAUUCAUGUUGUGUGAGUCACAGACUGGAUAUGUUUUGUCCCUAAUUAUUUAUGUUGGCAAGGGCACUACAUUUGAGGAAGAAUACAAGGAUCUGCCAAUGUUGUCACAAACUGUAAUGACACUAAUGCAACCCUUGUUAAAUAUGGGAUACUGCUUGACUCUAGAUAAUUAUUAUAGUUCUCCCCAGCUUGCUGACUUUCUGCUAACAAAAAGUACAGAUAUGUAUGGCACCGUGCGUCCUACAAGAAAAGAAAUGUCGCCUUCUUUCCGGACCAAGAAACUGAAGAAAGGGGAGGUUGCAGCAUUCCAGUGA